UGUUGUCAGUUUGACAGUCCAGCCAGGCACAUGUUUAGUUCGAGACUACGUUCUUAAUAUUUAUUUUUGAAUUUUUAUCUGGAAAAAAGUUCCUAAUUUCACACAAUGGAAGUAGAAAAUAUUAAAGUUGAUGAUAUUCUACCCACUAGAGUCGCCAAAAAGCGUUCCCGCAACGAUGAUACGGAAAUGCAAGUGGACGAAGCCACUGGCAUCGAGGGAUCUGUAUCUAAGAACCAGCCACCUAAAGCUAAACGCGUUAAAAGUGAAGUGCGUAAAAUUGCUGUACCACCACACAGAUAUUCAUCUCUGAAGGAACAUUGGAUGAAAAUAUUCACACCCAUUGUGGAACACAUGAAACUACAGAUUCGUUUCAACAUGAAAGCCAGACAGGUUGAACUUCGUAUUAGCCCAGAAACUCCGGACAUUUCAAAUCUUCAAAAGGGUGCGGAUUUUGUCAAAGCCUUCCUUUGCGGCUUUGAGGUCGACGAUGCCUUGGCUCUGUUACGUUUGGAUGAUUUGUUCUUGGAAACGUUCGAGGUAAAAGAUGUUAAAACUCUCCGUGGCGACCAUAUGAGCCGUGCUAUUGGUCGUUUGGCUGGUAAAGGUGGUCGUACGAAAUUCACAAUUGAAAAUGUCACCAAAACACGUAUUGUAUUGGCCGAUAGUAAAAUUCAUCUCUUGGGUAGCUAUCAAAAUAUUCAAUUGGCCCGCAGAGCCAUUUGUAACUUAAUUAUGGGAUCUCCACCAAGUAAAGUUUACGGAAAUCUCCGUAAUGUGGUUUCUCGUGUUAGUGAAAGAAUGUAAAUACAUAGAAAAGGAAAUAUGUAUAUUAAAUGAAUUGCAAAGAACGAUUUAGGAUUAGUUGUGAAUUAUGAUAUAUUUUUUUAGAUACAUAAAUUAAGUUUUUUAAAUAUAAACAAAUCUUAAAAACAAAAAUAA